UGCGGCAGCCGGCAGCGCGGCCCCGCACGGCGGGACGGCGGUGCUUCCUCCGAGGCCACUCUCCGAUCUCAUUUCAUUCCUAGCGUCUCUCUGCUCACUAGGAACGCAAGGUUGUCAUCGUCCCCCUAGCUUGUCUCAGCGGCGUAUGCUCGCGAUUCACUUCCACUCACCCUUGGUGGCGGAUGCGCUGGCGCCCCCGUCCCGCGAGCCCGAGCACCGUGGGGCGCCAUUUUGUACGGAAGCGGAAGGCGGCGGGGCGCGGAGUCCCGGCCGAGAGCGCGAGGGAGGGAAGUGUUGUCACCUCGUGAGGUAGUUCCGCUUCCGCUGGGCAGGGUAGCUUUUGGUUGGACCGGCUUGUUGCGGGGAGGGAGGGGGAAGAUUGUUUGCAGUGUAGGAGCUCCUCGUACGGGAAGGUAAACCGAGCUCUCCAGAGACGCUCGUUUCGCAGCCUCUGCUCGGGCCCAGCCUACUCUCUACAGCCGCGCCACGGCCUGGAGGCGCCUGCUUCCACGCUCCCGAAUGGUGCUCCUCUUUGCAGGCCUCGGCCCAGGGUCCAGGCUGCCUUUGCCCUCGGCCCCGGAGCCGUUGCCCUGGGUCUCUCUUGUUGGAUUCCCCGUGGCUGUCAGGGAAGAACUUUUGUACAGGCAAGGUUUUAGCUCUAGGAACCCCACUGACAACUUGAAUCUCAGCCUCUAAACGAGUUUGAGGUUCUCCCUGUGCCCUCUUUUUCUGCCUUUUGAGAAGAGAAACUCUUCUCCUUGCCAUCCAGAGCCCAGGAAGCCCCCAGACUGGGGCCCUGGUCCCAGCAUGUCAGUCCUCCCUUGUGCAUAGGACUCUGCCCGCUCCCGGUCAACAUGGCUGAGCUCAGACAGAUUCCCGGGGGCCGGGAGACCCCACAAGGUGAGCUGCGGCCUGAGGUUGUAGAGGAUGAAGUCCCGAGGAGCCCAGUCGCAGAGGAGCCUGGAGGAGGUGGAGGCAACAGUGAAGCCAAAUUGUCUCCAAGAGAGGAGGAAGAACUGGAUCCCAGAAUACAGGAGGAGCUGGAGCACCUGAAUCAGGCCAGUGAGGAGAUCAACCAGGUGGAGCUGCAGCUGGAUGAGGCCAGGACCACCUAUCGGAGGAUCCUGCAGGAGUCAGCAAGGAAGCUCAACACACAGGGCUCUCACCUGGGGAGCUGCAUCGAGAAGGCCCGGCCCUACUAUGAGGCUCGGCGGCUGGCUAAGGAGGCCCAGCAGGAGACGCAGAAGGCAGCGCUGCGGUACGAGCGGGCGGUGAGCAUGCACAAUGCUGCGCGGGAGAUGGUGUUCGUGGCCGAGCAGGGUGUCAUGGCUGACAAGAACCGGCUGGACCCCACGUGGCAGGAGAUGCUCAAUCAUGCCACCUGCAAGGUGAACGAGGCAGAGGAAGAGCGGCUUCGAGGAGAGCGGGAACAUCAGCGGGUGACACGGCUGUGCCAACAGGCUGAGGCCCGGGUCCAAUCCCUGCAGAAGACCCUCCGGCGGGCCAUUGGCAAGAGCCGCCCCUACUUUGAGCUCAAGGCCCAGUUCAGCCAGAUCUUGGAGGAGCACAAGGCCAAGGUGACAGAACUGGAGCAGCAAGUAGCCCAGGCCAAGACCCGCUACUCAGUUGCCCUGCGGAACCUGGAGCAGAUCAGCGAGCAGAUCCAUGCCCGGCGCCGGGGCCUCCCUCCGCACCCCCCAGGCCCGCGGCGCUCCUCGCCCGUGGGCGCUGAAGCAGGACUCGAGGACACAGAGGAUGGGGACAGCGGGAUUGAAGGGGCCGAGGGCGGGGGGCUGGAGGAGGGCAGCAGCCUGGGGCCUGGCCUCGCCCCGGACGCGGACACGCUGAGCCUGCUGAGCCUGCGCACUGUGGCCUCCGACCUGCAGAAGUGCGACUCGGUGGAGCACUUGCGCGGCCUCUCGGACCACGCCAGUCUGGACGGCCAAGAGUUGGGACCCCGGAGCGGGGGACGCCGGGGCAGCGAUGGUGGGGUCCGUGGGGGUCGCCACCAGCGCAGCAUCAGCCUGUAGCCCCGUGGCCACAGCUCCUGGAUUGACUCUUCCCCGAGGGCUUCUCACCCCGUCUUCUCUGGGGUCCUGGCUCCCCCGAGGUCCCCUUCUCCAGCGCUUUCCUGGGAGAGGAGAGCAGUGUGUGCGCCCGUGUCUGCCCGGCUUUCUCACGGCCUCCCUCCGCUCCCCUGCCCGCCCAGAAGGCAGCUGUCUCCGCGCUCCGUCUCCGCCCCUGCAGGCCCCUCCGUCCCUGGAGUGUGGACCCCUUGCUGCCCUCUUUCUAUGUGGCCCUCUCCGUCCUCCGUCCGUCCGUUUGGCUUUUCCCCCUCAGGGAACCUGGCCUAGAAGGCACAGGGGAGCUCAUGAGAGAAAAUGAGCGCAGGGCGGAGGGGAGGGACGGCGGCGCCCUCCGUCGGCCCCCAGCCCCUGCCUUCCCGGGCACCCCUCGAGCGCUCCCGCUGGCCUGCUCUGGCUUGCUGGUGCCGCCUCCGGGGACGCUGCCCUUCCCUGCAGCACUGCCCGUCACCACCGGAGCCCCUCUGCUGUGUGUGUCCCGAAGCGGAACUUGCAGGAUGUCGGUGCUGGGGAGAGAAACCCCACCCGAUUGUCAACACAGGGACCAUCACCAACUCCAGACUGGCUCCUGUGGGCAUGGCGUUUCCCCAGCUGGGCUGGGUCCUUAACACUGCCUAGGUGCUAGUGGGUCCCUAACAGGGUCCAUGCUGGGGGUGAAGAUGUGAUGAGGUCCUGAAGGCUUAGGCCCCUGUCAUUCCCACCCCUUACACUCUUGCUACUGAGUUACGUUUACUUUUUCUGGGUGGAGGAUGCUAAGCCGAAUCUUGGCGCCCUCCUGCAGGGUGGGGUUGGGGAAUUUGGUGCUCUAUUGCUCUCCCUUGCUCUUCCCCACACCAAACGAUGCCUACUCCAGGAUACCUUGGGGAGCGCUCAAGCUCGGCCCCAAGCCUCUUAACCUCCUCUGGUGCAGGGAGCGGCUGGUCCGGGCGUGGGGUCCUGCCCGCUGCAGGGAGCUGCUCCAGCUGCCGGGCGGUGCUGCCGGGCUGCGUGUAGGGAAGCCACCCCAGACCUGGGUGCCUUGGAAAAGUUGGUUCUGCCUCUCGUCCCAGCCCUGGAGAGCAGAGAGCUCUUGCCUAGCUAGGCCUGCGUCCCACUGCCAGCAAGGACUUGAGGAGUGAACCUCUGUGCUCUGCACAGGUGUCUACAAGCCCGGGGGCACGGUCACGAUGAGAACCUCAGGGUUUGAGGUGGCCAUGGGUGGAGAUCGGAAAGGGAGGGGAGGAGGACAUGGGUGUGUGUGUGUGCGGGCGCACGUGCCAGUGUGUGUGGGGAAAGGGUCUGCCCUGGUUUUAUUUAAAUAAAGUAGUUUAUGUAACAACA